AAAUCCACAUCUCUAGUGUGAUUUGUUGUUGCAAAUGAGAAAACGAAAAAACGAAAAGCUGGAAAAUUUAAACAGCAGGAAUACAAUUAGCAGCAGCAGGAGCACCAGCCUCAGACCUAUCCAUGGCGAUGGCGGGUCAGGCCGAACUCAAGGACCUUAAUAUUUUCGAGCUGCGUCCACUUAUCACAAAUCUCAGCUCGAAACUAUCAGCGGUUGGAUUUGAUAAGCAGUUCCUUUGCCUGGUCAGUGAUGAAAAUGAGAUUGUGUUGCGUUAUGUUAGCACAACGGGACAGGAGGUGGUUAAGAUGAUCUCAUGGUUUCGGCGCACCAAUCGAGUAAUACAUGAUGUCUGCUUCGAUCCAGCUGGGAUUUGGUUGCUGGUGCUAUGUUUUGACAAUACGCUGCACAUUGUGCCUGCCUUGGCCUUGGUGGACAAGACGCAUGAUCUGGCCGCAUGCUCCUUGUAUAGCACAACGCAGGUGACAUCCUAUAUAAUACCGUUCGUUGGUCCCCACGAGUGUCCGAAUUCAAAAAAAUGUCCCAAUCAUUCUGCAAGUGGACUGUUCAAAGAAAAGCAAGAUCAGCAAGAGGAACAGGAGCAAGUUGAACGAUUAGCUAAUCUUGCAGACAAUAUCAAACUGGAAGGAGAUGAGGAUGUGGAACCUCUGGGUCAUGAACUGCCGCAGCAUAUGCUGGCCGGUAACCACACAGACCAGCUGCAGCUGCAGCAGCCGGAACAACCGCCCGUCCAGCAUUUUGAUGCCACCGGCAACAGUCAGGUGAUGGCUACCUCUUUUAUGGCGUCCAAGACCUGCCCGUAUCCACUCUCGGUGGUGUGGUGGAAAACCAAUUAUGGCCUUAAUAGGGCCAUUAUUGGCUAUUCAGAUGGUUCCAUUUGCUUUGUGGGCCUUAGUCCAAAUUGUCCCAUGAUUGCCAGCACGGCUAUUGAGAAUGGUUCAGUCAUGCGUCUCCUGAUAUGCAAGGAUAAUACCUUCGAUGGAGUUAUGCUAUUGAUUACAUCCUCGCUGAAGCAGCAAUAUAAAUUAUUGCUAGAGCAGAAAGCCAUUAAGUAUGUCUAUCCCGGGGACAGUUCACCCACCACGCGGGAGGGAGCUUGGCAGAUUGUUAUGUCUGUGCAUGGUAGGCAACAUCAUAAUCAGCAGCAGGGCGAUGCCAAUGCCGAAGCCCGGCAAAGCAACAGUUCGGAUCCGGCAUCUGACAGUAGCCAGCUAGAAGAAGACGUAUUCGCCCCUCCUGCAAAUGAGGAAGUGCCGCAAAGUGCACCAGUUAACGCCGACUCCGCCGCCCCAGCCUCCAUGGUAGCAUCUAGUGAUAUGCCACCGCCGCCGGCUCCUCCGUCAUAUGGUGAAUUUGUGGCCUCUCGUCAGUCUUCUACCGAGACCACUGGCGUUCGCAUUCAACAGCAAAUGCUUCCGGCCAGUAGUUUCGAUGGCAUACUGCCUGCAACUCGAGCCCGCUUGGCAUCUCUGAAGAGUCUUGGCUCCAAGAAACUGCAGGCCAUUAAGAUGCGUCUCUCCGACCAGCGGCAAAAGUUCGAUGAAUUUAUGCCUGAUACCAGUUUGGGAUCAUUUGCGAUUAUGGAUUCGCCUUCGGUGACGCCAGAGCCUUUGGGUCAUACCACCGGGUCCUUUUAUACCAUCCAGAGUUUGAGGAACACUUAUCUUCUUAGUGCAUUACAUAGCAGCAGCCACAGUUUAACAGUGCAUAGCAUCGACAUCAAUUUGAAGCCUUUGUUUGUCUACAAGAUACCCAAACACACACAGGAAAUACUCAUAAGCUCCAACAUACUAUAUGGCAUACACUACGUGGAUUUGCAUAAUCGCAGUGAUUCGGCCAUAUCGACGGCAGCUUCUUCGCUGGAAGAGGCCCCAGAGGUCAAUACAGAGAAGGAGAAUCGCGAUGCAGAUACGGAAAAGCUGGAACUCGCAGUGGAUAAGGAGAAGGAAAGAGUCCCUACAGUGGCCACAAAGAGCGAUACAACUAGCGCAACUACAACGACAAGCUCAAGUUUGGAUCAAAGCGAAAUGCCAAGCAAUGCCAUUAAUGCUGUUAGCGUAAUAAGCAGUGCCAUGGCCUCCUUACACACGUCCGACGAAGAUCGCUUUAAUCCUCUGGCUCAGAUUGGACUCUUUCGCUUUGAGCGGGAAACUGUGCUGCAUCUGUAUCAAAUGUCCCAAUAUCGCAAUGCCGUGGGCCAAUGUGAGAAUCUUACUAAGGAUGAGAAAGCCAAAGCCUUUGAAAUUAAAGACAUACACACGCCCAUGGACUAUGUGCAGUUCUAUGAGACAAGCGAUAUAAGUGAAGAGUUCUCGCUGCGACAAAUGGAAAUUAUGCAAUCAGAGUUCCCAAAGAUUAACUACGAUCCGUGCUAUGUGAUUACCAAUAAAAAUGUCUAUGCCAUACAGCUUAGAAAGGAGCCUUUUGAACUGUUUCUGGAAUCGGCCCUUAAGAGUGAAUGGAAUCAGUGUCGAGACUUUUGCAAUACAUUUGAUCUUUCGAUUGAGCAUUGCAUUGAAUUUGCUGGAGAUUAUCUAUUGCGUCGCAAGAAAAUCACCCAAGCUUUGCUCACCUACAAUGUGGCCAGGGUGAAACCCAUUCGAACGGCCUUAAAAUUAGCCAUGUAUGGACAUACCUUUGCCCUAAUGCAGCUGAGUGCAAUGGCUCUAAAGUCUACAUAUUUGCUGCGCUCACGCUACAUGUGUCAUCCGAUGUUGAAGAGCAUGUUGAAGGAUAUCACCUAUCGGCACUCGGAGGAUGUGCGCUCAAUACUACCAUUGCAAGUGGAUAAUCAGGGUGAUUUGAAUUCCUGCGUCAAGUGCAGUGACUAUCUUUAUGGGGUGGAUGAUUCAAUAAGCUCAUUGCAAAUGUCACCCUCAUCGCAGUUUCAUUUGGCCAAUUUGUUGCUCAUCACUCUAGCUGAGAAAGCAGUUAAUGAUAAGAAUUAUUUGCCAUUAUGGAAUUUUCUGAUCACCAAUAGCAAAUAUCACACCAACAUGACCAGCAUUGUCCUUUGCCAAAGUGGUCUCUUUUCGGCAGCUAUUAUUUUGGCGAGAGUUCGUGGUGUUUGCCUGGACACGUUUAAUGCAUUGAUUAGUGUGGUGGCUCAGGAAUUCGGCUGGUAUAAUGAGCUCAAUGUGUGUCUGUUUAAUCUAAGCGAACCACUGUUUAUGGAAACCAUUGGUUACUUGCCACAAGUUUCGAUGGACUACUUUGCCUUUGUUCAGGAGAAAAUUGAGCACAUACGUCCAUGCGUCUUGCAACGUCUGGCAUUGCAGCUAAAUCCUUUUGCCCCGGCCUUGCGUCCCAUUGUGUCGCACAGUAGCUGCAAUUUGAAUUCAAAUGACAAUAAUUCCCAUCUGUUUGAGUUUUGUAAGAGCCUUAUCGAGACUUAUCUGUCCGUGCUAAUCCAUAUGGAAUCGCAGCGUGUUAAACAUGAUUCCAUUGUGAAUGCCCUAUCCACUUUUCGCAUCAACUAUGAAGACAAUCAGUUCGCCAUUGAAUCAUCACGUUUUAAACCAAUCUCGGCCGGUUGUGCUUACUGUGCCUGUGUGGUAGAUGGUGUUGCCUAUUUCUGGGGUUCCAGUGGAAUCCCCUGCUGUUAUAGUGCUCAAAAGUCCACAGAGCCCCCAGAACCGGCGCAUGCUGUAAAGAGUCUAGAUCUACUUGCCCAGCUCAAUUUGCAAGUGCAUGCCCUGAAAUGUGGUCGUCAGCAUACGCUUGUGCUCACCAAUAACGGACUUUAUGCCAUGGGCAAUAAUAAUCUUGGCCAAUUGGGUGUCGGCCAGCAUAUGCAGAUGGCACAGCAACCCAUGCUGGUGACCGCUUUGGAUGGGAUGUGCAUCACUAUAUUAGAGGCGGGACAAUAUCAUAAUGCAGCUGUGGCCGAUGGUCACCUAUAUAUGUGGGGGUGGGGCGUCUAUGGCCAACUGGGCCAGGGUAGCUGUGAGAAUAUACCCACACCAAAACUAGUCAACUUUUUCAAGUAUAAGAAAAUUCUGCAAAUCUCCUUGGGUCAUGCCCACAGUUUGGUGCUAUGCCAGGCAUCUAAUAGCUAUACAGAGGCUGAUCAAAGUUGCAAUGAGCUUUUUGUCUUUGGCUCUAAUCAUUUUGGCCAACUUGGCACCGGUGGCAGUGAACAGGGCGGUGAUACAAAGAUUAAUCUGCCAGUGCGCUUGGAAACAGGCGGCAGCAGUCUAAGACUGAUACAUACCAAAUUCUUUACGAAUCUAGCCGUUGAUGAGAACGAGCGUCUAUAUACCUGGGGCAGCUCACCCCAAGCCUUGCGACUGGCAAAUCAAAUUAAACGUCGUGCCAAUGCCAAACAGAAAAUGGAAGAGAAUCAUCAGCGUGAGAUGCUUAGCAAGCAAUUAGAGGCUACAUUAUUGCCGGCCAGCAACAGAGACGGCAGCAGCUCUAUGGUAGAGCCGAGUACAUCAUAUGCUUCUGUGGUGGCUGGUUCGGCAUUGAAAACCAAAGAAGAUGAGGCUACCACAUCAGAUGCUACCGAGAGUAUUGAACCGAUUACCGUGAAUCAGCGAGAGGCAACAGCCCCAGGAGCAACUACAACGGGAGCAUCAACUGCCAGCAAUGAACCUGAUCCCACAGAGCACUUGACACCGCAUCUGGUGGACACAAGUGAAGUGGCUGGACAAAUUCUACAGAUCUCAAGUGGCCUUUUACACUUUGCCCUGAUCUCAUCUACAUGUACUUUAUAUACUUGGGGCAAAAACCUGGAGCAUCAGUUGGGCACUGAAGACAAGGAUCGGCGGGCUGUAUUGAAGCCUUCACCCAUUGACAGCAUUGUAAGCCCAAUGUAUGUGGAUUGCGGAGCAGACUUUACUUUGGUCAUGACCACCGAUCACAUUGUGCGAGCCUUUGGUGGCAAUUCCAAUGGCCAGUGUGGACGAGAUUUGGGGGCCAGUUUGGAUCGCAUGCGACAAAGAGUUGUGUGCCUGCCCACUACUAAACGACUAAUGCGUUUCGAGAGUCAAUGUGUGGAGGCUCCGGUGGAGAUAAACUUGCCCAGGCCACGUAUACGAUUGGAUCAAGAUCCAGUACGGUAUUUAAAGGUAAUGCCGCCAUAUCAGCCGCACUUUUUGCAGUCGGCCAACAUUAAUUUCGAGCCGCAUUACUUCCAAGGCGGUGGCAAUUACAAGAGUAGCACAGAUCAAGCGAUGACGGGACAGGAUUCCGAUGAUCUGCUGAGCAGUUUGGAAAACCUAAGUCAAAAUGAUGCCAGCUAUUCGUACAAUCCACCUUUAGUGACAGGUCAGGCUUCUUCUUCUGCUGCUGCUGCACCGCCCGAUGUCCAAAGCUCACUAGACACACCCGAGGAGCAGAGCUAUAUACAGUUGCCGGAACAAAUGGUCGGCUUGAAUGUCCAUCAACUUCACGACAAUGAUGAGGAUGAGGCCAGCACGUUCACGCCAAGUACUGACGGCGUCGAUGAGACCAUGUUGCAGCCGUUGCGACAUUAUAUCCACUACUGCCUAUACGCUUUUCACGGCCUCUACAAUCCCGAUAAGAUAAGCCAGUGUGCUCGGCCCACGCGGCAGGAGUAUCGUAUACGCAUCUGUAUGCUCAAUUUUCGGUUCGUUGAGGCCUUCCGCCUGUGUCUGCACAGCUGUGACAGUGGCCAGCGAACUCUUAAACUUUUUGAGUACUUUAGCAAGGAUACGGGCUAUGUGCCAUUGCGGCGGUCAGAUCUCAAACAUCUUAUCUAUCAUAUGUGUCUGCACUUUCUGGAGCACAAGUUCGAUAUGCUCGAGUGUGAGCGUUACUUUAUGGGUGAUCUGGACUAUUAUUUACUAGAGCUGGCAUAUGUCUUCUACUUUAACAACAACAACACGGCUUUAGAGCAGAAUCUCAAUCAGAAGUUUAAGCUGCUGAUUGCGGCCGCUGAAGAUAGCAAUCAGGCACAGGCCACAUCCGGAACUGGGCAUCAGCUGCAGGAUACGGAUGUCAUUUUUGAUAGCUUUACGGUUAAGUUCAAGACAAUUCUGUGCCAGCGUUUGCUCAGCUAUUCGGAUUGUGAAUCGGCCAAUUAGCCAGGAUUUGUCAUUGACUUCUCUCUCCCAACUACAGUUACAUUCAUCUGUGGGUCUACAUAUAUAUAUAUUUGUUUGUUCAGGUCGUCUACUUUGAAAUUGUUUCCUUUUUUUUUAUUAGUUUUUGCGUGUUAAAUCAAAAAGUUAUAAAGUCUAAGUUUUUGUUUUAUCCAGACUCCAGAUAAAUGUGCGGUAUCCCCAUAAUCUACAUACACAUACAUAUAUAUAUAUAUAUCUACAUACAACACUUAGGUAGCUCUGCCCCCCUCUCUCUCUCUUGCUCUUCCUCCCUUUCGCCCCCCAAAUCAUGUUUAAUAAUUAUUGUUGUUGCUUUUUAUUGUGCUGUUAUUUAAAGGAAA